AUGUCCUACGCAGUUUACCUCAUCAUCGAAACCAGCAUCCCACUGGACCACCACGCUCUCUUCGUCGAAACCAACGAAGCAGGCCCCCAAACCGGCCAUGUCUACAACGUCAAAGGCGACAUCCAGAACGGCAUGGUGUAUGAAGCAAAAACCACCGAAGAGCCGGAGAAAUCGCCCGUCUUCGCUGAGAAGAAACGCAUCGGAAGCGUUUCCAAGGAUGAUUACCCUCGCUUCAUUGCUGUUUGCCAGAGCAUCCCCGUUCCGAAGAAGCAGUUCGAGGGGGCUAGACGGUUGUAUCCUAAGGAGCCGUUAAGACGGUGUCAGGAGUGGGCGAGGGAGGCUAUUGAUCAUCUAGUGGAGCAAAAGGUCGUGCUGGAGUGA